ACAAAACCCUGCGCCUUCACCGCUCGACCCUGGGAAACUAAGAAAAUAGAGAGUAUAGAUGUAAUGGAUGCUAUUGGUAGUAAUAUUGUCGUUUCCAUGAGAACUAAUGAAGUUAUGAGAAUUAUACCAAGAUUAAAUGAGGAUGUCAAUGAAGAGUGGAUAUCGGAUAAAACAAGGUUCGCGUACGAUGGAUUAAAACGGCAGAGAUUAACAACACCAUUUGUUCGAGGUCAAGAUGGUAAUCUUGUUGCCACAGAUUGGGAGAAUGCUUUUAUUGCUGUGGCUGAGAAGUUAAAUGAAGUAUCUGGUGAACAGGUUGCUGCUGUAGCUGGUGGAUUGGCUGAUGCUGAAUCUCUUGUAGCUUUAAAAGAUUUCCUCAACAGAAUGGGUAGUGAAGCUUUGUGUACAGAAGAAAUAUUCCCAAUGGAUGGAGCAGGGACAGAUUUACGAUCUAACUAUUUAUUAAAUACUGGUAUAUCAGGUGUUGAAGAGGCAGAUGUUUUAUUAUUGAUUGGUACCAACCCACGAUACGAAGCUCCUAUAUUUAACGCUAGAAUUAGAAAAAGUUGGGUACAUAAUGAAUUACAAGUUGGUUUAUUGGGUUCUCCAGUAGAUUUAUCAUAUGAAUAUGAUCAUCUCGGUGAAUCAGCAUCAGAAUUAGAAAAAUUAGCCUCAGGAAGUCAUCCCUUCUCUCAGGUUUUGUCGUCUGCUAAAAAACCUAUGAUAGUUGUUGGUAGCGCCAUCUUACAAAGAUCUGACGGAGCUGCUCUACAUGCUGCAGCCUCUCAACUCGCCCAGAAUCUACGGGUGAAAUCAGGGUGUGGUGAAGACUGGAAAGUUCUAAAUGUUUUACAUAGGGUAGCCAGUCAGGUAGCAGCGUUAGAUAUAGGUUACAAAGCAGGUGUUGAUUAUAUCAGACAGAAUCCACCAAAAGUUUUAUAUUUACUUGGAGCUGAUGAAGAGGCCGUAACUAAACAAGAUUUACCUAAAGAUACUUUUAUUAUUUAUCAAGGUCACCAUGGUGAUAGAGGUGCUUUAAUGGCCGAUGUGAUUUUCCCUGGAGCAGCAUACACCGAGAAAGAUGUGACAUAUGUUAAUACAGAAGGUCGUGCUCAGUUAACACGACAAGCUGUAACACCACCUGGUCUAGCUAGAAAUGAUUGGAAGAUAGUUAGAGCUUUAUCAGAGAUUAUGGGUAUGCCAUUACCGUAUGAUAAAAUACAGGAUGUACGAAGACGGUUGGGAGAGGUGUCCCCUAAUUUGGGUCGUCAUGGUGAUGUUGAAGAAGCUAACUAUUUUAAACAAGCACAACAAUUAGCUCAGUUGGUGAAGUCGUCACCUUCCAAUGAACCAUUAUCACCACCUAUCCAAUCUUUAAAAGAUUUUUAUAUGACCGACGCCAUCAGUCGUGCAUCACAAACCAUGGCUAAAUGUGUACAAGCUGCUACAGAGGCUGAAAAAUCGAAAUAUUGAAACAAUGACAUCGCUGUCGUAGAAGUUAUUUAUUGAACUAAUGGAUUUACAAGAUCAACACAUAUUUGUUUAAGAACUUGUUUCAAUGUAGACAAAGGUGUUGAUUACUGAUAAUGGAACCCUAAAAAUUUGAGAAAAAAAAUAUUUGAAAGAAAUGUGCUUUGAUAUUUAUUCUAUUGUCUAAACAGAAACUGUAGAAAGUUAAUAGGAUACUCAGAGGUGUUGAGUUAUCUCCCCCUCGUAUAUUCUAUGGUAUAUAUCUCAACUGAAUCGUAGAUGUACACACAGUAACUAGUAACCUGGAAGUAUAAUUCUGACAAGUACACAUUCACUGAGUAACCUGGAAGUAUAAUUCUGACCAAUACACAAUCACUAGCAACCUAGAAGUAUAAUUCUGACAAGUACACAUUCACUGAGUAAUCUGGAAGUAUAAUUCUGAAAAGUACACAAUCACUUGUAACCUGGAGGUAUAAUUGAAAGUUUUGCCGAGUGUUAACAGAUAUUUGUAUCAAAUUGUGUGAGAUAUUGUUUUAUGAAGAUGAUGUUAUUAUUUAUGUAUAUAAAAGACUUUAUUAGACAAACAACUGGUUUCUGAAAGAUAUUGUUAAACUUAGUGCUAAAAUUAAGAUUUUAAAUAUUAUGGAUGCGAAUUUCAAUAUUUGACUGUUGUCAUGGAAAUGGAAUUAUUAUAUUAUCUGAAGUGUAUCUGUAAAAACAUGGUCUGCAUUUUAUAAUUUCUAUAAUAUUCAAAUUGUAAAUAAAUUCUAAGAGAAA